AUGGCCUACCGCAAUCUCAGCGGUCAAUAUCAACAAAGGCUUGAUAAUGAUGCCUCUAAGCCUGUAUCAGUUGAAAAGCCUUAUCCCAUGCAGGACUAUGUCCAGUACCAUGUCCCUGUCCAAUGCCUUGCCCAAAACCAUGUCCGAGACCAUGUCCAAUACCUUGUUGUCGACCAUGUCCUAAACCUUGUCCAAUACCAUGCUGCCCACCAUGUCCAAAACCAUGUCCUAAACCUUGUCCAAUACCUUGCUGCCGACCAUGUCCCAAACCUUGCCCCAUACCUUGUCCAAUGCCUUGCCCAAAACCAUGUCCAAUACCUUGUUGUCGACCAUGUCCAAUACCUUGUCCACCACCAUGUCCUAGACCUUGCCCAAUACCAUGCUGCCGACCAUGUCCAAAACCAUGUCCAAGACCUUGCCCAAUACCUUGCUGUCGACCAUGUCCUAGACCUUGCCCAAUACCUUGCUGUCAACCAUGUCCUAGACCUUGCCCAAUACCAUGCUGCCGGCCAUGCCCAAAACCAUGUCCUAGACCAUGUCCAAUACCUUGCUGUCGACCAUGUCCUAGGCCUUGUCCUAUACCUUGUCCAAUACCUUGCCCAAAACCCUGCUGUCAACCAUGUCCUAGACCAUGUCCAAUGCCUUGUCCGCAGCCUUGUCCACACCCACACCCACAUCCUAGACUCUAUCCACAAACUGGACCACAUCAAAGGCCACCUUUUGUGCCAUUCCCUCAACCAAUGCCACGUCCUUUCAGGCCCCAGCUUCCACCAUACCCACGUCCACACCGACCGUAUCCAAUCCCGAACGCACCAUUUCGCUUUCUUCCAGUUCCUGGCCCCGGCCUGCAGGGACAGUGAUCACAUCCUCCAUGCCCCUGAAAAAUUCGUAGUAGACAAUGCCGUUACUCACUAA